GCUGUGGCUUUGCCCUGCACUAGUGUCUCACUUAAAUAUUUAAAUCAUCUUCCUAUGCUAUAGUUCUGCACCACCCCAGAGCUUGGAAGCACUUUUGCAGCAGCUGCUGCAGUGAGAUUCAGCACCGACCUGGCAAAGGACAGGGAAAGGGCAUAGGGGGAGUUGCAGGGAGAGGAGUGAAUGACUAACUCCAAAAGCUUCCUCUCAGCCGGUGUGUAUGCACAGUCCCCAAAGGGGCAGGGGAUCCGGAAGAGAAACCUGAGUCGCACAUCCUGGGCACCUUCCUUCAUCCAACUCCGCCCUGUACUGGCUGCAAUACUCAGUGCUCCCUCCUUCCACUGAGAAGCGGAGACCUAGGCAGAGCUGCUGCAGCUGGCAGAGUCCUUGUUACUAAGAGGGAGCCUUUGCCUUGAGAAAGAGCUGUCAUGGGGACUGGAAUGAGCAAGGUUGUUGAUGGCCUCUACCUGGGAAACAUCCGGGAUUCCGAGGAUAGAGAAAGUUUGACAAAGAACGGGAUCACCCACAUCCUGUCUGUGCACAACAACGCCAGGGCUGUGCUGGAGGACAUGACAUAUCUCUGUAUAUCAGCGUCCGAUUCAUCGACUCAAAACCUGAUCCAGCAUUUUAAGGAGAGCAUCAGGUUCAUUCAUGAAUGCCGGCUGCACGGGGGAGGCUGCCUCAUUCAUUGCCUGGCUGGUGUUUCCCGCAGCACCACGGUCCUGGUGGCUUACCUAAUGACGGUGACCGACCUCAGCUGGGAGGAGUGUCUGGCUGCCACCAAGGUCGUCCGUUCCUAUGUCAGUCCCAACUUUGGCUUCCAGCAGCAGCUGCAGGAAUACGAGAGGACUCUGCUCAAGGAGUACCGAUCCUGGGUUCGGCAAGAGUAUGGCAAGAAUCCAUUCAAUGACCAAGAGGAACUACGGCGCUUACUCACUGAACAGGAAGAGAAACAGAGAGAGCAGCAGCUUGGGAGCAGGGAGAAUCGCUGGCUUAACUCCCCGCCCCCAACUUGCCCCCUCCCCUACCACGCCUAUGGCACCAGCCACAACAGAUGGUCGAACAGAUGAAAAAGGACAGCGAAUCCCACAGAGAUGUUAGUGCCGUUGGAUGGAAGACUCUGCAUUCAUCUUUCAGUGGGAAUAGUUUCGAUAUUUAUAGCCACAGUGGAGAGCAAGUGGAACGCCAACUUCAAAACCAUGCGAUGCCAAGCAAUGCUCACUAGUGGUUAGAGCUGAGGACUGCAGUCAGGACUUCUGGGUUCCAAUCCCAACUUUGCUACUGACUCAAAAUGUGGAUCCAGGGAAAUCUCGUGAUCUCUCCAAACCUCAGUGCAAUCCGCUAACCCUCUCCAGUGUGGCGUGUGGCUUCACUAAUUAAGGUUUGUAAAGGUGCUUUGAGAUCUUCUGGAUAAAGAUCCUAUGGAAGCAGAGCCGGCGCUAGGCACAAGCAGACUAACAAUUGCUUAGGGCUCCAAGCAGCUCAGGGGACCCCAUAUUAAUUACUAGCCUGUGUUGUGCAUGUGGGCCUCCCCCUUCAAGUAGUGCUGCUUAGAGCCCCAAUGGGCUUAGCACCAGCACUGCAUGCAAGCGAAUUUAUUAAUAUUAUACAGCUCGGUUGAACCUUUCAGCCCUAUUGCACACAUGAAGGGGGAGCUCUCUGCUUUGCAGAUCAACUGCGUUAUGAUCUAAGCUUGUUUUGUUGCGGGGCUGCACCGGAAGGAAGGGCAGUCAUGUCGCCAGUUACAGACAAAGAGACAAAUUCACUGCUGGGGUAACUAAACAUCGAUCCACUGAAGUCAAGAGUUGCAGCUAUUUGCUUGGCCCAUUUGCUCUGACGGUGUUUAGAAAACAACCAAUCUCCGUGUUUCAGUAAGAGGGUGUGUGAUCGCUUUCGACACUCCUUCCUAAGAUGUCUUUCUGCUGCUGGGACUUUAUCUCCUUGGCCUCUGGUUUUUCCGUGAUUACAGCUGUGAUAAAUCCCAUGAGCUCUUCCAUUGUGGGACACGGAGGGAAAAUACUGGGCCAGGAUCUCUCAAAACAGACACAGCCGCUGCCCAAAGCUCCUCUCCAUUGUACUCCAUACCCGGCACAACGGAUACACAGACUUCCCUUGCUGUUCUAGUCGUCAGCCAUUCAGAUUAGGGAUGUGAAUGGUCAACUAGUUAACCAGCAGGCUGGAGCAGCCUCCCCCUGUUUAAGUGGUAACAAGUUAAACAUAACAUUUAACCGGUUAACGAUUAAAUGGAAUUUUACAUCCCUAAUUUAGAUUGAUCUUAUGCUACAGAUGUGCCUGUCAGAGCCUGAUGGGGCCUCUGCCCAUCUCAGAAAGGAGUUUGGAUUGCAGAGAGCUGGGGGAAGAAUGCUGGAGGAUAUUCACAUCCAUAGUGCUCUAUAUCCCAUAUCCUGUCAUCACAGGCAACUCGUGGUAGCACCCAGGAGGUGCGCUGUCCACCAAAAUUUCAGCUGCUCAACGGGGUGCCUUCCUUAUGUUCCUCUAGGUAGCACACCUUGCAUCCGCUCCCCUGAUAGCCCCAGUCGCCUAUGCCUGCAAUCACAGAACAAUCGCAAUCACAUUGCUAAAACAACGAGGAGUCCAGUGGCACCAUAAAGACUAACAGAUUCACUGAUGAGCUUUCCUGGGUAAAGCCCACUUUGUGGGAUGCCUGGAGUGGAAAUUCCAGAGACAGGGAUAUAUGUGGGUGUGCGCGCGUGUGUGUGUGUACUAGUAGAUCAAAAGAAGGGAGCUAUCAUUCAAGUGUAGCACCAGUGUUAAUGAGGUCCAGUUAGUUUGACUUGAUAAGUAACUCCCUUAUUUUGAUAUAUUGGUACUUAUAUAUAUAUAUAUCUCCCUGCUUCUGUAACUUCCACU